GGGUAGCGGAGCGAGCGGGUCGGUGGCUCAGUCGCGUUGCGGGCUCAGCAUCACAUGGGAACCGCUGGUCCCGAGCCGGGCAGGAUCUGCGCUCCGGGCGAUGGCACCCAGUCUUAAAGGCAAACGGAAAAAGAAGAGUGUUCCCAUGGCUGAGAGUGAAUCCCAGAAGAUGCCAGGUGUGUGCCCAGUCGAAGAGCAUCAGAACACCCCGGAGAAGCCAGAACAAGUGGUAUCUCCAACUGACAAGCUGGAUGCCACCUCUGAAGCUGAGCAGAAAUCCCCUGAAGAGGAUUCAGGAGAUGAGCAGAUGCUGGGCAGCGAGAAAGAAGAGGAGCAGACUUUUCUGGUCAACCUCUACAAAUUCAUGAAAGAGCGCCACACGCCAAUUGAGAGGGUGCCUCAUCUUGGCUUCAAGCAAAUUAAUCUGUUUAAGAUCUACAAAGCUGUGGAAAAGCUAGGAGCCUAUGAAUUGGUCACUGGAAGACGUCUUUGGAAAAAUGUUUACGAUAUGCUGGGAGGCAGCCCGGGAAGUACCAGUGCUGCCACUUGCACCCGGCGACAUUAUGAGAGGCUGGUCCUCCCGUACGUCCGGCACUUGAAAGGGGAGGAUGACAAGCCGCUGCCCCCAAUCAAGCCUCGAAAGCAGUACAAGAUCACCAAGGAGCCAAAAGGGGAUCGUGCGGUGGAAAGGAAGAGAACCAAGAAAGAGAAGACAAGAGAUCCGAGUCUGCUGGAGAAAGUGAGACCGGAUGUUGCUUCAGCCCCCAAACCUCCCAAUGGUAUUGAGCCAAAUCAGUCCCAGGAGCAAACAGAGGGGCGCGUCUCCCUUCCGAGCAGCCGAGAGGUGCCUGAGAUGCCUCAGCCCACCAGCAGCUGCCUUGGGAACUGUCGGUCCCACGGUUGCUCCGAAGCCUACACCCGGCUCUUCUCCAGCUUCUACUUCAAGGGGAACAAUGGCAUCAUGUCUCCCUUGGCAAAGAAGAAGCUGCUGGCGCAGGUGAGCCAGGACGAGUGCUUGUAUGCUCAUGAGAAGCAUCUCAGCCACUGCCCCGAAUACAAGAAGAUCAGAAUCCGGGAAAUGUCGGGCUUGGACUCCGAGGUCGGUCAUCCCCACAAAGAGGCACCAAAGACCGGAGCGGAGGUGAACGGCUCCAGCAGUCCUCCCGGUCCUUCCCAGGCUGGAAAAGCCAAUGAAGGUUUGUUGAAGGCUCCUCCAAGCCUCAAGGAGAGCCCAGGGUCCAUGAAAGCGGGUGAGGAAAGCUCUGGAACUCACCCGUCCACGGGGCCGCCGGUCUUUAGUGGCUACUUCCACACGUCCAGAAGCUCCGUCAUGAAACCCGUCAGCAGCCUCCCUCUUCGAGGACCAGUGGAAUAUUAUCCCGGCUUGAAGGAUUUCCCUGAGUCUUCUCCAGCCUAUCUGAAACCUGGAAAAGAUGCUCUGGUAGCUCCCGGGUCUCAGAAAAAGCAGGAGAGCUUGGAGGACCAACCUGAAGAUCUCCGCAGGAAGUCAAGUCAACCUCUGUCUUCUUGGAAAGUGGACCAUCAGCACUCGUCUGCUUUCCAGGCCAGUGCCCUAAGCGGCAAGGCAGGGUCUCCCACGUUUCCGCCAGUCAAAGCCUCCUGGGUUCCACCUGUGGUCAACCUGGCGAAGGUCAGUCCUCAGGUCUCCAAGAAUGGAGGGCCGUCCGUGUCUCCAGGCCAGGCGAGCGUCACUAUGCAAAAGAAAAGACCCUCAGAGGAGGACUAUUUCCUGCAUGGCAAGAAGCUGAAGGCCGUGUCCCCCUUCGUCAAGGAGGUGGACCCAAACAGCGGGCUGGAGCGGGGAACAUCCCCGAGUGGGCAGCCGGGGAUAGCAAAGCCUAAGGCCACAGUGGCAGGGGCAGGAUUCCCCGUGGCUCCCGUGCCUCAAAUCCAGGACAUGUACAAAGGGACGAUGCUGAGGUUGCCCGUUAACUUUAGCAACCCAGGAGAACAUCUCAAGGAACAGGCCCCUUCGCUGAUCCAGUCUCUCUCCAUCAAUCCGUUCAUUAUCCCCGCCUUCCCAACCCCACUAUUAACUGCAUCUGUCCAAGCUUCGGACCUGGGCCAGCCUCUGGGGACCAGCCUAGUUCAUUACCCCACAUCCUACGACAGCGCACUCCGCCACCGGCUGUACCCAGUGUCAACGUGGCAUAGCCAGCCAGCCUAUGCUUCUGCGCAUGUCCCAGCCUAUCAUCGGAACACCAAGCUGUAGCCCCCCAUGGACCGCCAGAGACUUGUCACAUUUGGGAGCAGCGCGUGGGAUGUGCGAACCACACAUCCACGGCUUGUCGACAUUUUGAUUCUCCUGCUUUUUCAAGCUCUUACUGAGAACACUGCAAAACAGGACCAUAUAACUUUUUUCUAAAAAAAACCUGCUUAAACUAUGAACUGUCUUUGUAUCUGACAUGGUAUGCAAAUGACUUGGGCUUAAAAAAAAAACUUUAGAGGGAACAAAGUUCUUAUAAACAGAGAUUUAUAUCUGUGCACGGCGUGGGCCUAAUUUCCUUCUAAUUUGCCCAUUCUUCGUAGGCUGCUUCAAACGCUGCUGGCAUGGACAAGUGACUAGUCCUCAGGAGAACCAUGUGAGUUAUGGGGUGGAGGUAGAAUAGAGUAAAACCUGGUUUCAUGACCAACACAUGGCAUUUUGGAUGUGGCCUAAGCCUCUGUAAUUAGCUCUGGGUAUUGCUGAACCCAUAAAAAGAAACGGAAGCUUCAGUUUGAGCGUUAGGAUACAGGAAGAAUCUACUUUUUUUUUUUUUUAAGAAUAGUGGGCACAUAUGAAUUUUGAGAGCACAUUAUGGGCAUUCUCCAGAAACAGCUGCCAUCCAAACACGGACGGCCAUCCAAAGGUGGAUUUCCAAGCUGUCACUUUCAGGCAAAGGGCUCAACAGCUUUGCUGGACAUCCAACUUUGGGCUGGCAAGAGAUUGAGCCAAGACAAAUCUUUGCCUUGGGGGCAGAUUUUUUUUUUUUAAGUCUUGAUUGGAAUUAUGCACACAUGGUAUAUAUGUUUAUUGUAAAAAAGAAAGAGCGCUGUUUGCCAAUAUAUUCUUGUAUUCCAAUAUAAA